ACGGGCGGGGAGGGGGGCGCGCUGGGGGGGGAAGCUACUUCGUAACCUUUUGGAGGCGAGAUUGAGGGCCAGACGAGAGAGAGAAGGGCGGACCGAUACUCUCAACUCUCUUUCUUUGGCCCAGCCCCUGCGGGCUCCGUGCACAGUAGUAAGGGCCGUCCUCUCGCUCUCGCGCCCUUCUCGCCGCUCUCUGCACACUCUAACUACUCUCCACGUUGCUGUUUGCUGUUGCUGUUGCUGUUGCUGCUGCUGCUGCUGCACCCUCGCCAAUCCGCCCUGCUGCAGGUUCUGAGUAACGGUGGGAAACGUCAGCACCCCCAUUGAAAGGAAAAAGGGAAAAAGGGAAAAGCCGGCCGGCCCGUCAUGGAGCACCCAUCUGCUGAGGGCCAGCAGCUCCAGCACACCAACACCACGCGCGAGCACCGCAGGCUGACCAAGAGGGGCCCGCCGCCCGUCUCCUACAAUCCCAAUCCCGCCGCCCGCUCCCUGCGCAGAGCCCCCUCGGCUCCCACCUACCCUCACACCCUCAAGCAGCUCGGCCACCAUCACCGCCGCAGUCCCACGGCCGAGUUCCUGUCGGCCUCCAACUCGUCGCUCGACCACCAACAACACCCGCCCGCCCUCCGCCGCUCGUUUACCGACAAGGCCAACGACGACCUCAUUGGGUCGCCGUUUGACGCCCAGGGUCUCUGCCAAAACAUCAACGAGAUCCAGUCCUCGCCCACCAAACAUCAACAACAACAACAACGCCCCCCGCCGCCCCAGCAUUCGCGCACCGCGGAUGCCCGCCUGUUCACUCCGCGUCUGAGACAGUCUGCGAGCUUUGGCGCCCUCGGCAGGAAGAUGGAGACGAUAACCACGCCCUCGGCCGCCUCGGAUCGCGACAACAAACGCUUCUCGGGCGAGGUCAAGCCCUCCAAGCUCUCCCGCCCCGACACCCUGAAGAAGACCAAGACGGGCUUCACCAAUUUUGUCAGCGGCCUGGUCGGUUCGCCGCGUCGCCCGACCAUCUCGACGCCCACCAAUCCGCUCCACGUCACCCACGUGUCGAUUGACAAUGACACGGGCGAGUUCACGGGCCUGCCCCGCGAAUGGCAGCAGAUCCUCAAGGCCAACGGCAUCGACGAGCAGGAGCAGAAGAAGAACCCCGAGGUCCUCACCGACGUCGUCGCAUUCUACCAGGAAAACACGUCGAGUCGCUCCGACGACCACAUCUGGGACAAGAUCGGUCACGCUCAGCCUAGCAACUAUGUGACGACUCCAGGCCACUCGGCCGGCGGGGGAACGCCGCUGUUGAGCCCGCCCGUCAGCCCGCGUUUCCCUCGUAGCACUGAGGACUCGUUCGAGAACCCUCGGGCGCCGCCUCCGGUCCCUCGCGGCGGCGCCGGCGCCUCGCCCGUCACCUCGCCCUCGUCGAGCAGCAGCAACGGCAUGGUCCCACACCGUCCCGCGCCCCGCCCUCCGCAGGCGCAAUCCAACGUCGUACCGAUGCGCCCCGCCCCGCCCGCGCCUGGCGUCGAGCGCAUCCCCGAGGACCUCCCUGCCACCACCUACACUCCUCCUGCCACCGACGCAGCAGCAGGCCACCGCAGCCGCGCCAACACCAACGACGCCGCCGCCGGCCCCGCUCACCACGGCGCCCCGGCCACCGGCACCGUCCAGCAGUACCAGGACCAGCAGCAGCAGGCCAUGCUCGCCGCGCAGCAGUCCAUCGCUCGCCAGCAACAGCAGCAGCUGGAACGCUCGCGCAGCCAGCGCCACUACCAGCAACACCCGUAUCAGUCGGCGCAACCCCCGCAGCCGCAGUUUGCGCAUGCCGAUCCGCACAACGUCCCUAUGCCUCAGCAGCCGGCACGCGUUGGCCCUGCGCCGCCUGGUGGUCGGCCUCGCCAGCGCCCGCGCGAGAGCGCGCAGGGCAGCAACAUCAUCGAGCGCCUCAACGCGAUCUGCAAUCCUUCUGAUCCCACCAAGAUGUACCGCAAUUUCAACAAGAUCGGUCAGGGUGCUUCGGGCGGUGUCUUCACCGCUUACCAGAUGGGCACGAACCGCUGCGUCGCCAUCAAGCAGAUGAACCUCGACCAGCAGCCCAAGAAGGACCUGAUCAUCAACGAGAUUCUCGUCAUGCGCGAGUCGAAGCAUCGCAACAUUGUCAACUUUAUCGAUUCCUUCCUCGUCAAGGCCGACCUCUGGGUCGUCAUGGAGUACAUGGAGGGCGGUUCGCUGACCGACGUUGUGACGUUCAACAUCAUGAGCGAGGGCCAGAUUGCUGCCGUUUCGCGCGAGGUGCUGUGCGGUCUGCAGCACCUACACUCCAAGGGCGUCAUCCACCGUGACAUCAAGUCGGACAACAUUCUGCUCUCCAUGGAGGGUAACAUCAAGCUGACCGAUUUCGGUUUCUGCGCCCAGAUCAACGAGUCUGAGCGCAAGCGCACGACCAUGGUUGGCACGCCCUACUGGAUGGCCCCCGAGGUCGUCACCCGCAAGGAGUACGGCCGGAAGGUUGACAUCUGGUCAUUGGGCAUCAUGGCCAUCGAAAUGAUCGAGGGCGAGCCUCCGUACCUGAACGAGUCGCCUCUCCGCGCGCUUUGGCUCAUCGCGACCAAUGGCACGCCAACGAUCAAGGAAGAGCACAACUUGACGGCCAUCUUCAAGGACUUCCUUGGCUUCGCGCUCAAGGUCGACCCCGACAAGCGCGCGAGCGCCCAUGACCUGUUGACUCACCCGUUCAUCCAAACCGCUGAGCCGCUGGCCACUCUGGCGCCGCUUGUCAAGGCUGCACGUCAGGCGCGUGCCGAGGAGCGCAAGAAGAAAGGUGGUGCUUAGUGCUCCAUAUCCCUUUUUGAGAAACAGCUGAUCUACCGCCGCUUUAGUCGAAGCGAGUUUUUUCAAGUGGUAUUAUUUUAUAUGAAAAAUGUGGCUCUACGACCGGCGCGAACGAUGCGAGGGCGAAACAAGGCAGCAGAACGGAACGCCAAGAGGUGCUACCGAGUGCUUCAUCAGACCGAGCUGCCGUGCUCUCGCGCCGCAACCCGUACGCUGGAGCCUGCGACCCCGACCUCAUCUCAGCAUUUGCAUCGGAAUCUCCGUUCAGAU